CGUCGCAAGAGGAGCAGCUGACUGGGGGUAGAGAGGUGCACACGUGCACACCACCUAGGUGCAGAAGAAGCAUCGCGAAGCCGUUGAAGCUGGUUUAUUACUCGCCGCGUUUGCGACGUCUGUGCAGCAUAUGCACCACUCCGCCUCCUCUCACAAGCGCGACACCGACCAACUUGUUUCUCAUCCAUGGACCACAUGCAUCGGCGUGCCGACCACGGCCACGGCGGCGACGCGCCGGCGAGCGCCCACGCCCAGCAGGCCGGUGUAGACAAGAACCGGCAGCAGGAGCAUCAGCCGCCUUCUUCGUUGAACCCGACGGCGGCGAGGCUCCUCCGCGAGGCCAUCGUCUCCCAGCCGGACGGCGAGAAGCCGGCUGCCGCGACGGGCUUCUCGGACAUCCUGGCCUUUGCGCGCUCCGUUGACCGGGUCGACUCUCCUCUUGAGUAGCCCUUGAGCUUCCGCAGUCAGCUCACUAGCUUUGUUUCUUUUUUUUCUUUUCUUUUCUUUUUCCAUUUCCCCAUCCUGUACUCUCGCCGCAAUAAAAAAAGGUCAACACCUUCCUCCCUAUUUCGAUGCUUCAA